CGAUAUAGAAUGACAGCACAUUGCCACAAUUUAAAUGACGCUGUCUCUGCCUCUUCGGAAGGACAGAUCCUCCAGAGAGCACCAGCCACAGAAACUGUCCACCCUUGCAAAAAACUUCUUUAUCAUGGCGUAUAAAGCAGCACAUUUGGCCUUUAAGUCACGCUGGCACAAGACAGACGAAGAACUCUGUCGGCACAGUAUGUCCUUCAUCUUGCAUAGGGCGAUCCGAAAUGACUUCUUUCAGAGUUACCUUUAUCUGCUGGAAAAGCUUCCCCUGGUGAAACUUUACGCUUUGACAAGUCAAGUUAUCAAUGGGGAGAUGCAGUUCUACGCCAGGGCCAAACACUUCUACCGGGAGGUGCCAGCCACAGAAGAGGGCAUGAUGGGAGACUACAUUGAGCUCUCCAAUACAGACAUUGAAUCCUCCAGGGAGUUUCUCAGGAAGUUUGUUGGGGGGGUGGGGAAAGCUGGCACCAACCGCGCCCUGGACUGUGGCUCUGGGAUAGGUCGUAUCAGCAAGCACGUCCUGUUACCAGUUUUCAAGAGCGUGGAACUGGUGGAUAUGAUGGAGAAUUUCCUGGCUGAGGUCCCGAACUACCUGCAGGGCAAGGAGGACAGAGUAGAGAUGUAUUAUUGCAAAAGCCUCCAGGAAUUUACUCCAGCUCCACAGAGAUAUGAUGUCAUCUGGAUUCAGUGGGUUUCAGGAUAUCUGACAGAUAAAGAUCUCCUGGAGUUUCUCAUCCGGUGCCAGAAUGGCUUGAAGGAUAAUGGUGUUAUCAUUCUCAAGGACAAUGUAGCCAGGGAGGGCUGUACCCUGGAUUGUCUGGAUAGUAGUGUGAUCCGAGACCUGAACAUCCUCCACAGCCUCAUUGAAAUGAGUGGACUCACCAUCCUACAAGAGGAGAGGCAGGAGGGAUUCCCUGAGCAGUGUGUGCCUGUCUGGAUGUUGGCCAUGCAGAAAGGCCCUGGCCAUUCCCGAUUGCAUAGUGAGACUGCGGAGACUGGACUAUGGAUGAACCGCAGGACUGGGAAGGAGAAAAGCAUCGACUAGAAUCCUCCUAACCAUGCACUGCUACUACUACAAAUCUAGGGCAGCAACUCCUAAAGGAACAAGGGGGAAUUACAAUUGAGCCAUCUUCUCCAGGGAAUAGUCUGCUUCUGAAUCCUGCCUGCUUCAUCAUUCUCUCCAUUUUUAAAAGUCUUUCUAACAGCUCCUUGUCAGAUCUCCCUUUCAUUAAGGAGUCAAUACUGGACAAAACUCAACUAAUAUAGAAAAUAAUUAGGUCUGAAGUUUCUGUAGUGGCUAAUACAUUUUGGAGUGUUCUGUACGAGGUGUUAACAAAUAAACCCGUUUUUUACUAUGGCACUUAAAUCUUCUUGGAAUUCAAGAACGAUCUGUCUGAUCACUGAAGCAGGAAAUUCAAAUAACUUCUGGAAAACCAACCCAAAUUUUGACUGUCAUCACUAUCAUGACUAUACACUAUCUGUACUUUAAAAUAUUUAAACGAAAAAUGUAAGGAAAGUUUUACCCAUCUGUUGGCAUCAGCUAUGCAGUUUUGGGUGUUUUUUUCCGUGUUUGUCAGUUUGGACAAUAAGACAACCUGGUUAAUUUUCCAUUUUUAGGAACUACUUUAUCUUCCUGAUGUUUCUGUCACAGAACAAUAGUGGUGCGUAAGGGUUUUCACACUCCAGGGGAAAACUUAGAUGACAAGUAUAUGCAUGUUUGCAUUGAAAUUUUGUGAAAAGACUGCCCCGCAAAUUACAUUCUGGAAAAUAUUUUUUCAAAAUGUUCACAGUGGAAACCACUUGAAAGCUUCUCUUUAUUAUUCAUACCACUGUAAAUUUCUUUCUUUCCCACAUUCAGAACAAGUCUGGCACCAUAUGCAGAGCUAAUGGGAUUUCAUGGGGUGUUAAUAGUAAGACUGUAUGAAGAACUAAUACAGUAUUGUAUUAAUUAAGAACUGUACUAAACUGCAGAGGGUGUUAGCGUAACCCAAAAGCAUCUAUGAUUUAUAUUCAAACAGCAGCUGUAUAAGCCUGGAUUUGAAAAUACUAACACACAUACCAUCUCCUUAAGCCUCACCGAAAUUACACAUUAAGCCUCUUGUAUCCUUCAUGUAGGCGCAGAAAAUGCUGUGGGAGGACAGAAGUUCAUUUUGCAAAAAAAUUCAGAAUUUGAAAUUCUGCUUCAUUCUGAAUGAGGACAAGAAGGGAGAAUUUUGAAAUUCUUUAUGAAGGAAAACCACACAACCGCAGAGUUUUCCAAGUUGAUUAAAAUUUUUCAUUCGGACAAAAUCAAAUGUUUCUUUUGAAUCGGACUUUUAAAAUAAUUUGCACUUAGAAUAUUAUUAAAUGCAGUAAAAAUUAAAUAGGGCAUGUUCAAGAUUUUAGAAAUUAAUGAUAACAUUACAAUGGACUGUUCUGACUCCAUCAGAAUUUUUUUCAUGUUUUAUUCCCCUGAAAUGAAAUUCUGGCAAAACUUAGCAGACCUUUCAAAGGGUUGCGUUAUGACAAACCUCCAUGUUGUGAUGGAAAGACGUUCUGUAAAACAUCCUCCGCAUGACUGUAGGCACAAUUAUCUCUGUCAGAUAUUGUCAUCUGUGUUAGAUUAACUCACAUAGAAGCCUGAAGAUAACGAGAUCAGGGAACCUCUCAGCUGGAUUUUAGUACACUUUGCCAUCCUUUGAUAAUGAAUCUCCAGUUUUGGUUUUAAUUGUAUAACUCAUCUUCUCUAGCAAUAUGGUUGCAUAUGUUGAGAAUUUCCAAUUUAUGGCAGAGGGCUUCCUGCGGUCAAAUCUUAUUCAGUAAUUGUUCUCUUAAUGUGCCAUCGCUAAUUGUAGCAUUAAGGAAAACAACCCUGGUGAUUUGGUGAAUAUUCUGGCAUGUCAUAUAACCUAGAAGCCUAUGAUUCCCAUGACACAGAUGCUUCUGGAAUGUUUUGGCUAAUUCUUCCAUUUUAAUCAACUGGUAAUGGACGUAAAUUUAGUAUAUAACAUUGUUAAAAACCCUAGGUGAACAGUUAGAUUCUGGAAUUGUCCCCAGAACUAAGCCCCUACAGAAAUGUAUCCCCCUUUAAGCCACCACAAUGCUUUCAUUCUGCCGAGGCUGCUAAAAGCUGGUGUGAUCUUUGCGUGCAUAUGAGUAUGUGCAGAUAUCUGAAGGAAACACAGUCAUUUGUUUUACAGGAAAGAGGCAUCUGGCCUAUAGUUAGUAACACUGGUUAGCAAUAACAGGAGAAUAUUUAAACGACCUUUAUGUGGAUUACCAAUUAAUUUGUCCUUCACCAUUUUCUUCUUUCAUCCAAAGACGUCUGCCAUGGUGCAGAAUACUUGGGGACUGCUGGAGAUCCUGGUACAAUCGUGUCUCUGCCAGGCAUAUCUGAAUGGUGUUGGUCACUAUAAUGGUGAGAGAAUGGCAUUGUGGAAAUAGGGAAGUAGACAAUUUUAUACAAAUCUAAACAGCUGCCACAUCUCACAGGGCAGAAUAUAUCAACUGUUCACUUAACACGCCAGAGUGGGUGCAGUUCAGUAAUGAAAGACGUCGUUCCAAGAUGGAUAUAGAAUGUAACGUAGUUUAGGAUGGAAGGUAGAAUAUAAAUGACUGGUAUUGUUAUCAGUGAAAUACAUAUACAUAAACACAUAAUGAAAAUUGGUUCCCUUAACUAUGUGAGAACUGAGACGAGUAAAAUCUUAAUCUAGUAGGAAACCCCAUAUGUCAUGUUCCCCGCAUUCCUGGAAAUUAAUGUUUCAUGGCUAUGUUGCUUCCACAGUAAAAUAUUAAAGCUUUUCUGGUGACAUAAUAAACCUCAGGAGUAAAGAAACACAAGCCCUCCAGGGGCUUAAAUGCAUGAGAUUGCUGCAGACUGAAUAAUAUUUUGGUUUCCUCCUUUUCCAAGGUAUAUUUUAAUUCAAGAACUCCCAGUCAACCAGUGUAGGCCAUCCUUAAGUGUUCGUGAAUUUGGGUAAGGGCCGUUCUUGGCUUAAAAGUUCAGGGCUCUCUGGACUUUACCAUAGUAUAUAAUAAUAAUAAUAAUGAAUCACAAAUUUCAAACAGAAGAUCUUGCUUAGAAAUCAUCUAUGUAUCAGUUGCUCUUUGGUGUUCAAAGACCGGUUAAUCAACUCAGAUGCUCUGCCUCAACUUUCAGGUUACUUAAACCAUGCAUUUAAAGAAGUCUUUAGCUCAUCAGAUUGCAGUGGGAGUUUGAAUCCCAUUUGUUUGGUGCUCAUUUAAAAUUUGUUCCUGACCAGAAAUUUAAUCCAAGAUCAAGACCCUGGCUGAAGCAAGGUUCACAGAACAUUCAAGGUCCUUCAAGCUCAAGCCCUCAUUCACCACUGAUGGGUAAUUAGUGAAAUUCCCAAUUAGUCCUUCAAUUGGAUGUUUCUCCCAGGCAGCCACUACUCAAGUAAACACUUAGCCAAAGUGCAAUAAAGCCCACUUCUGCCAUGUCACCACUAAAGCUCUUGGCAAUGCUUCGUUUCCCCAUAUUAGGUCCGGUGCUUCUAUUCUGUGUGACUGGAGGCCAAGUAUUAUCUUUAUUAUAUGAAUAUGAGGUUCCUUGCAAAAGGGAUCCCCAAGCCCUGAGAGUAGCCCCCAAAUGCUACUGCAACCCAAACAAAAUGUAAGGAAGCAGUUACUACAGCAGUCUGAACAGCAGUCCCAACUCUGCAGCUCCACCAGCCAUCAAAGCUGAAGCUGUUCAUGUUCUGAAAGCAACUCACACAUUACAAAUGUCCUUUCAUUCCUAAUUGGAAGAGAGAGCCAUCAUUUUGAAACAUACCACUGAAUGGAUGUUGUAAAAUAUUUUGUUUCAGAAAUACUGAAAUGAUCAUAUCAGAUAUUUUUAGUUUGACUUUCUUGUUUGGAUGUUUAUACAAUCUAGUCUAAACUGACAUGUUAUAUGAGAUAAUAUAAUACAUGAUAUAAUAUUGUAAUAGUUGAAGUGAAACGAUCGUUUCCUACAGAAUACAGUACAUUCCCUGUCCCCAAAUUCAGUGAAACGAGUCAGCAAUUUCCAGAGGAAACAGUCAUUUCAAGAGGAACAGUCCUGUCAAGAAGUAUUUGCCCAAACCCUUUUUCUCCAGACGUAGACCAUCCAUUCAGGCAGCUUGCCGUGUGCCUGGUCUAGGCAGCAGCCACUUUAGGCUCUUUGACAGGCAAGAAGAAGAAGCUGGCACCUCCAGAGCAAUUCAGACCACCUCAGAGCUGAACUGGCUUGAUAUUUCAGAGAGUAUCCACUCUCCCUGGUGGUUGGACAGUGGGAAUAAAAGUGCAUCCUUGUUAUAACCAAUCCAGUAUUAUCGUCGUUAAUGUCAAACAGAAGUGCAGCGUGUCCUGAGGAGCUGUGACUGUCGAAACCAGAAAAAGGCAUGGGGAAUUUGAUAACCAAACACCCAUUAAAAAUCAAAGUCGUGGUCCCAGGGCACUACAUUAAUGGGAGCAAUAUAUCACUGCAUAAUGCCAACUGACAAAAGCUUUGCCAGUUAUUCCACUGAGUGCCCUGAGUACCUUUAUGCCAUUCACUUUUUUUUUCCAUUCUCUUAAUCCAGGCUCCCCAGAGCGUUUACAAUGGAAUAUCAGACCACAGACCUGUCCAGAGGAACUUGACUGUUAUGUCUGAUUAAAACCAGUUGUGUUGCAUCCCAUCCCUCUUCUCUUCCUUUGAUGCUUCUUCCAACUUGCCAAGAAAAUCCCUCCUCCACUUGCCAAAAAUGAUUUGUUCUCUGUGGACAUCACCACCUCUCACUGAAGUAAAACAGAUUACCUUUGAUUUUAAGAGGAGGUAAUUCUGUUUAUCUAAGAGCAAUAACAACACGCUGUAUUUCAAACAUACAGGUUAAUACCUGUCUCUUUCAGUUGAUGUCAAGUAGGCACUCACAGACCUUUGUACCAAAUAAAGCUCACGUUCUCAUCAUCACCAUAAAUAACAAUAUUUUUAUGACAGUAUACAACCCUAGACCUUGCAGUAUGCGUUAUCAGUGUGUUUGGGAUAAGGAAACUGAGGCAUAGAUGGGUGAUCUGGGCCACAUUACAGCUUUACCUAAGUGGUAGCUGGGAGUGAUCAGCACCUCCACAAAUCAGGCCACUACAGGAACUACAGAGUGUUUUGCAGGCAGGCAUAAACUUAUUCUGGUUAUGCUUCCCGCAGAUUGAAACAGCAUGGUUGUUAUUAGCCUGCUUAUUAGGCCAACCUGAUAUGACCUGCAAAGAGAGGGCUCAGGCUGAACAUUGUGCUUACGAACAUAAACAGCUUCUGUUCCUUUCAAAGCAUUGGAAGAACAACCUGAUGUAUGUCUGCAGCAAAAAUAAAGACUGAAAACUGGUGGAAGGUCUCUCUUCCCUGUAUCUCUCUUACAAAAAUGUUGAAUUUGCAGGCAUUUCAACCUGUUGUGGUAUCUUCAGGCUUCUGAGACUAUAACAUUUUUAGAGGCAUUUGAAGAUGCAGAAGUC